ACUUUAUUAGCCCCGUUUACUCUCCCGAGUCCCAAGAUUCCCCAAACACUAGUUCUCCCCCCUUUCUUUUCAUUUCUCGCUACCCCAAAAGCCAAAACCCUCCAUUAUUUUCGUAAAAUACACACACAAAUAUAUUUGAUUCGAAGCAGCAGAGUAGUUCUUUUAGGUCUUCUCUAUGGCUGCUGCUACUCAACACCCGUUUUCUGCAAUAAAGGGCAAAAAAGUGCUAAUGGUUGGUGCUGGUGGUAUUGGAUGUGAGCUUCUCAAGACUCUUGCUCUCUCGGGCUUUCAAGAUAUUCACAUAAUUGAUAUGGACACAAUAGAAGUGAGCAACCUAAAUCGACAAUUUUUGUUUCGACAAACACAUGUUGGGCAAUCCAAGGCCAAAGUUGCCCGUGAUGCUGUUUUGAGAUUUAGGCCUCAGAUUAGCAUCACACCAUACCAUGCAAAUGUGAAAGAUCCUGAAUUCAAUGUGGAUUUUUUCAAGCAAUUUCAUGUUGUAUUAAAUGGACUCGACAACUUAGAUGCUAGACGGCAUGUUAACCGCCUCUGUUUAGCAGCAGAUGUACCUUUAGUUGAAAGCGGGACAACCGGUUUUCUGGGUCAGGUCACUGUACAUGUUAAGGGCAAGACAGAAUGCUAUGAAUGCCAGCCAAAACCAGCUCCCAAGACAUAUCCUGUGUGUACCAUUACAAGCACUCCGUCAAAGUUUGUUCACUGUAUUGUUUGGGCUAAGGACUUGCUUUUUUCAAAGCUCUUUGGCGAUAAGAAUCAGGAAAAUGAUCUUAAUGUGCGUUCUGGUGAUGCCAGUAGCUCUUCAGGACAUUCAGAAGAUGUAUUUGUGCGUAAACCUGAAGAAGACAUCGACCAAUAUGGAAGAAGGGUUUAUGACCAUGUUUUUGGUUAUAAUAUUGAGAUGGCUUUGUCUAAUGAAGAGACAUGGAGAAACCGAAACAGGCCAAGGCCUAUAUAUGUACGAGAUGUUCUGUCAGCUGCUCUGUCACAACAAAAUGGUGACAUGGAAAACACUAAAAUUUCAGAUGAUCCUUUAUCUGUAUCUGCAAUGGUGUCACUGGGUCUGAAGAAUCCACAGGAGGUGUGGAGCCUUGUUGAAAAUUCAAGAAUUUUCCUCGAGGCACUAAAGUUGUUCUUUUCAAAAAGAGAACAGGAAGUAGGAAACUUGAGUUUUGAUAAAGACGACCAGUUGGCUGUAGAGAUUGUCACUGCUGCUGCCAAUAUUCGGGCUUCUUCCUUCGGGAUUCCCUUACAUAGCCUUUUUGAAGCCAAGGGAAUCGCUGGCAAUAUUGUGCAUGCAGUUGCAACAACAAAUGCUAUAAUUGCUGGCUUGAUUGUGAUCGAGGCAAUUAAAGUGCUUCGGAACGACACAAGCAGCUAUAGGAUGACCUACUGCCUUGAACAUCCAUCUAGAAAGAUGCUUCUCAUGCCAGUGGAGCCAUUUGAGCCUAGUAAGAACUGCUAUGUUUGUUCUGAGACACCUCUUCUGCUUGAGAUUAAUACUCAGCGGUCAAAGUUGAGAGACGUAGUUGAGAAAAUUGUAAAAGCCAAGCUUGGCAUGAGUUUGCCAUUAGUCAUGCAUGGCGCUGCCCUUCUUUAUGAGGUUGGUGAUGAUCUUGAUGAAAUAAUGGUAGCUAUUUACUCAGCAAAUCUUGACAAGGUUCUAUCAGAGCUUCCAUCUCCUAUAACUGGUGGUACUAUACUCACAGUUGAGGACUUUCAGCAAGAGCUUUCUUGCAAUAUCAAUAUUAAACACAGGGAGGAGUUUGAUGAGGAGAAGGAACCAGACGGCAUGAUUCUCUCUGGAUGGACUCAGGCUUUGACAACAGAAAACAAUAAAAAUUCUUCUGCUGGUAAUGGGACGAGCACUUCCAGUCAAGCAGUUCCAAUUGAAACUGUGGUGGAUGAUGAACUAGAAAUUCUUUCAGGAGAAACUGCAACUCUACAUUCAGGGAAGAAAAGAAAGAUAUCUGACAGUUCAAAAGCCUCUAAUACAUCUUUCGAGGAAAAGAGUAAGAGAAAGGCUGAUGAACUUGAACUCGAUAGUCCUAUUGUUGUGCUCGAGGGAAGCAUGGAGAAAGACAAUGGGAAGAAGAAGAGGUUGCAAUAGAAUACUCAGGUUUAGUAGAUAACAUAUCACAUCUUAGUUAUGUAUCAUGUUUGAAAGAAUUGCCAUUCGUUUACGUUCUUUAAUCUCGAGAAGUGAAUAUGUUAGGGCUAAUAUCAAAUUCCUUUGAGCUAGAUACAUGUAUCAAAACAUCAAGGAUAGCACCAUCUGUAUUUGUCGACUUUUGCCAAACACUGUAGCUAGCUACUAACGCAUUGUUAGAAACAGUGCUAGAACAAUGGAUACUCCCGUAGCUAAUUGUCAUCUUUCCUGAACAAUUUUGAUGACUUUCUGAUGAAUUCUGGUAUGUGAUGCAAAUUUUCCUGAUGCUA